AUGGCGGUCGGUUCAAUACGUGGCCGUAGUCAAAUGCUGUUUACACUUCUCUUUGUCUUGUGUCUUUCAUCAAUUCACGGCUUGGAUUAUGACAAGAGUUCUUCUCUGAUUGAAGAAAAAUGUGCUUACGGUGACUACGAGAACGUGAAUGUUAAAUUUGGUGGAAAAUAUUUCCUCUCCCAGUCAAAUUGUGGUGCAGAUUUACCGUUGAAGGAUGUGAACGAGAAGCAGCCGCCGUCAGUAACUUUCACAGAUGCAGUAAGUAUUACAUUUUAUAUAUGAUGAUGAUGAUGAACUUUAUUUAAGUGCCUGGUUUUCUAGCUAGCCUGAUAAGACCUACAAAUAGGGAACACUCAUUAAAAUACCACCAAACUAACGUAACUACUUAAUAUAAGGAGAAUAUUUACAAAGAAUAAAAUUGAAAAUACUACCAACCUAACUACUUAAUGUAAGAAGAAUAUUUGCAGAGAACAACCUGUACUGGUUUAAAAACGAAAUAGCUAUUUUACGAUACGCGAUUGGAAAUGGAUAGCAAUGGUAAGGGUUUUAAGGUUAUGUUCACGGUAUACCUGAUUGGCAGGUACAAUACACAGGUUACAAGUCACAAGUACAGGUCACUGCUCUACUGAUAAAUGACUAAGAUAGGCAGUUUCCCUUCAAGCUAAAACUUUAUUUUGGAUAGCCUCAUAUUAAUCUGAUCAAUGACACAACACACGUAAAUAUAGUAUGCUUCUUUCAAGAUUAUCAUUGAGAAAUGUUUUUGGUUAAUACAGCAGUGAGGACUUUGAAGUCUCCAGUGCUUUCUUUGGUUAAAGAAUAGCAAUGUUAGUUCUUAUUAACUUGUGAAGCUGACCUACUACUUUUAAACCAAAGAAAUGAAACGCCAGAAAAGUUAUGGUCCUGGCUCAGGUUGUUCAAACAUUGGUCAGUGCUAUCCACCAGAUAAAUCACUAUCCGGUGGCUACAUAUAUUGUAAGUGUUGCAAAAACCAAUGGUGUUAUCCUCUGGAUAGUGAUUUAUCCAACUGGGUCCAAGAGCAUAUAUUAAAAUAUCAAGUUUUGUGGGCAGAUUGUGAAGAAGACAAGCCAAUAGCCUUGGGGGAGAUAAAAGGACAAGAAAAAAGAUGUUGCCACUAUUGCAACCCGAACCUAAGCAUUUUAAUGGACAUUUUACACCCAGGAUGGAAACGAGGCUGUGGAUAAAACUUUAUCAUACAUUUGAUAAACAUCCAUAUCAUCAAAUCUUCACUAUCUGGAUGUGUUGAGAAUUUAGCCCUUUCCUGGAGAGAUAGCCAGCCACAAUUGCAUGGGAAAGAAACAUGAUAAUGUGGGUGAUAAAACUGGAUAUAAAAAAGAAAGGCCAAGGAAAUAAAUGGAUGGUUUGUCUUUUUUUGGUCUUCUCACUUUUUCAGUAUAUCUAGCCCUCCUAGCAUGCAGGCUCUUUUGUAAUGUGCAAUCUGGGGUCAAUUUAAUAAAACUUUCACAAGUGUAAUUUACAAUUGUAGCUAUUGUUUUUGGACCCUAAAACAAUGGCUACACUUGUAAUUAAAUUGACCCCAGGUACUUUUUUUUGGAGGGGGGGGGAGGAAAAAAAGCUGUUACAUUUACUUCUUGAGUUGUUUGGUGCACCCAAAUUUUAAGCCUUUUCCUCUCAUUUGCCUUGUCGAUCUGGAUUUUCUGGAACAUUCAAGCGUUUUGACACAGUGUCUCGUAGAUUUUGUUAGCACGUUGGUAUUUUUUUUUGGGGGGGGGGGGGGAAGAACAGCUGAUACAUUUACUUCAUGAGUUGUCUGCUGCUCACUAAUAUUAAGGCAUCUGUCAUCAUUUGCCUUGUCGUGUCAGAUUUUCAAGGAAAUUCAAGCGGUUUGCAACAAAGGCUUGUGGCUUUUGACAUGAAGAGAUCAGGGCUGUCACUAAGAUUUCAAGUUGCCUGGUAUCAAUCAAUCAAUCAAUCAACACAUUUAUUUUGCAAUGCUAACCACACACUAAAAAAUGUAAUUUCUUACCAUUUGGAGACGUGGAAAUGAAUCAGUCAGAAAUUAAUAUUCUGAUGGCACGGCAUGGAGGCAUGCUGUUGUUCCUGGUAUAAUAUUAGGCUAUUUAUGGUUUUAGGAGGCAACUUGUGCCAUUCUACAUCAGCUCAGUCCUUCUGAUAAUUUUUGUUUUGUUUUGCAAGUUUUCUUUUUCUAUAUUUUAUUUUGUUACAUCUUCAGAUCUGUAUGUUUUGGAAUAAUGUUUCUUAUUUCGGUAUAUAGUUUAUGAAUUGAGGUAUUUAGACCCACACCCUUUUCCAUUAGUAUAAUUUUGGAGUAGUCUAUGUAACAUUGUAAUGUAUUUUCCUUGAUCCCUUUCCCUGGGGUUUUACAUGCCACUGCAUUUGCAGGGGAAUACAUUCCCACACAUUUUUUGGCCACUUCAGUGGUGGUUUUUUAGUGGUUUUUCAUAUCUGGUGUGGCACAAGUUCUAGCUUAGAACAUAUAUUAGUAUUUUGUUAGAAGGAUAUCAUUGCUUUAACAUCUGCAUCAGAUGACUGACUGACGCAUCAUAAAUAAAGGUUUUUACAUUGAAUAUCUCAUGUUAGUGAAGUCCGAAUAGCUGGUUUCCAGGUGGGGCGUAGGCAAACACGCAUUACAAUCAAAUAGAAGCAGUAUGGUGUUUACAAAAGUCACAAAAUUUCAGAGAAUAAGUAAUUAUGCUAGUUUUAAAGUAUAAUUAUGUUGAUGGGAGUUUUGAAGAGAAAUGACUACAGGUUUAUAUAUGUUAGUAGUUGGGGAACUGAACAGCCAGGUAGUUCUUUUGGUCUCAUCUUUCUUUUAUUUCCUAAGAAAAUAACCAGGGGUCAUGCUCAUAGUAGCCGGGGGAAAUUCCCGACCACCGCCCUUAAUGACAGUCCUGAGAGAUGAAGAUCAAACCGUAUCUAAUUGCACCAGAAGUCCGAUAUGUUGCCUGUAACCAUCCAAAGUAUCUUUUGUUUUUCAACCAGUCAGACAAAAGUCCAGAUUCUGGAUUACAGGCAGACGAUGUGUAAAGUGAAUGUAUCGGGCAGUCCCCUUCCACUUGUCUCCCAAACAAAAGGGAAGAAGGACUGCCUGAUCACAGGUUAGCUCUUUUAACAAUGGAAGAGCACAAUCUGACAGAAGUGGGAAGAUAUAUUUUUGUUUCCAAGAAAAAAGCCUGUAAAUUGUUAUAAUGCUGGCUUUUUUCCCCAGAAUUAUGGAUUGAACAAAAUCUUUUCAUGUUAAAUUCUUUGAGAUUGUGUUUUGCCAUUCCGCAAAAGGCAUGAGUUUUUCUCCCAACCCUUUACUUUUUUUGACAUGAAAAUAUUAUAAGAAAAAGGAAGCAUAACAAUGUUAAUACAGUGAAACCUCUAUUAAGCGGACACCUUCAGGACUGUCCCAAGUGUCUGCUUAAUAGAGGGUGUCCCCUUAAUAGAGGUUUGUAAGAAUUGUGCAAUGUUUGUUAACAGUUAACAUUCAGUGGUUACUCUGUACUGUGAUAAAAUACCAUGUUGUUAAGGAAGCUAAGGAAGCUGUGCUGUACUUUGGGCAAGACUUAUAGGUGAACUUUGAUCGCUGAUGACAAUUAUACAGCAGGAUAUUGGUCUAAUCUACAGUUUAUUGACAGCUAAAUGUAUCGAUUUAUCAACUACAGUACAUAUUUUAAGGACGUAAUACAAGGCUGGUGUCCUCUUAAUAGAGGUUUUUAACUUUAGAAAUUAGCCAAAUACAAGUUAUUUUAGUGUCCAUGUCCACUUAAUAGAGGUGUCUGCUUAACAGAGGUUUCACUGUAGUUCACAUUUGUGUACUUUUUUUCUAGCCAUGUUGUUUUAUUUGAAACUACUGAAGUAUGUUACCAAGUUAGGGAAGGUAGGAUUGCCUCCUCCAAAAGUCCUGGCAAACUUACAUUCUAGGUUUAUUCUUUAAAGGUAAGGGGCAAAAAAUACCUUGUUGCAAUGGUGGAUCCUGAUGCACCUUAUGCAGACAACCCAGGCUGUCAGAGCUGGCUUCAUUGGAUUGUUGUCAACAUUGAUGUAAGAGAUAUUACUACAAAUUUUCCUUUCUUUGUGAAUAAUUUUUGUAUUAGUCAAGAUAUUGUCUAAGUACCAUCUCUUUGUAUUUAUUAUUGUGUACUAAUUGGUUCUGAGUAAUAUUCUUCAACGUAUAUUAGUGACCUACGGGUACAGGUAGGCAAAAAUGUUUCCUUUGUUGUUUUGAAUAAUAAACCCUUUACCCUCAACCAGUUAUGAGUCAAUCAACCAUGAUUUCCUAGAUGUGAUAAUGGCAUCACCAUUCUCUCCGAUAGCUUGAAUGUGAUUUCCCCUGAGGGAGACUGUUUAAAACAUAUUUACAACUAUUGUACCCGUACCCUCAAAUGUAAACCGGCUCUAUUAUUUAUUGAUCUCCAAAUUACAGCUGCCCGAUCUUAUAAUAAUAGUAGUAAUAGUUUAUUAACACUUCUGGCAGUUAAAAACUGACUAAUUAGUGCAAUUUACAAUAGGAUACUAAUAAUUAAGUCUAUUUACAGUAAUAAAUAUUACAAUAACAAUUGGAAUCAAGAAAACUUAAAAAAGUAAACAAGUCAUUUGCUCUCUUUGUCCUUUUCAUUGUUGUAGUGGUUUUAGUAUUUCCUGAUCUUAACUGAUAUGGGAUAGAUCUUGUCUUAACUAAUGCAGAGCUAAGAAAGAUAUGGGGUGGCUCUCAUUCUUGAUAUCCACCAUCAACUUCUUACAUAUUAAUAUCCUGCAAUCUGUUAACGAUGUCAAAUUUGCUUAGUCUAGAGCUUGUUGAUAACUAAAGUUUAGAAAUAUUAUUCUUAAGGCUCUUUUUUGUAUAGAUACAAUAGCAUCAGAAAGGUAUGCAGGAAUAUCUUGCCAUACUUGCGCAGCAUACACUAAGCUGGGCUUCUGAUAAUUCGCGGAAGAAAAACUCAAAUUUCGCGGGAUUUUUAGGGACAAAUUCGCGGGAAAAUCGGCCGAUUUCGUGGGAGUUUUCGGGGCAAACUUCACCAAAAAGCAAUCGGUAAAAAACCGCCGAUUUUGUGGUUCUUUUCAAGGCAAAUUUCGCUAGAAAUCAAUCGGUUUUGCGCUGAUCAGACCAGCGUUUUUUAACGUUUUUCUAACAGAGGUCAUCAUUUGCACUUUCAACAACAAUACGCUCCAGAAAUGAAGCAAUGGUAGAGCCUUUAAUAUCAUGACUAGUGCCCAGUUUUUCACAACAUAAUCUACGCCUGGUAGUUUCGGGAUGUUGUUCGCACGUUUCAGUGACGAAGUUCUAAGAUAAAUUUGCAAGUUUACGGCAAGUAACCGGAAUUUCGCGGCUCCGCGACUGCGCAAAAUAUCAGAAGCCCUGUCUAAGACCGAUCUGAUAUUAUAUGUGUAUACCUUGAGCAUGUCUUCUGGCAUGACUCCUGCGCGCUUCAACAACCUAAGAGCGUACAAUCUCUUAGCUGCCUUGGCAAUUACAUAUUCAACGUGAGCGUUCCAUUUAAGAUCAUUGCUAAUUAUAAUUCCUAAAAGCCCUUCUUCUAGCCCCCUUUUGGUUAUUUCAAGCAUCCUGUACUCUUCUUUAACAGCAUCUUCAAUAAAACAUUUGUCAAUAAAUUUUGAACAUUGUUGUUUAAAAAUUAGAUUGUAGUAGUUAAAAAAAACAAGCAAGGUUAAGCAUAAGGGCUGUUACUUAGAGAGGGGGGCUAGGGAAUAACUCUCUAUGAGGAUGACCCUUGGUUACUUUCGUAGAAAAUAUUCCAAGAUUUUCAAUUCCCUGCAGCUGCAUACUAUCAAGCAUUUGCCUAGAAAGUUGAAAUGUUAGUGUCAAAAUUUAAUUAACUUUAUUCUUGAUGAAGUUUAAUUUAUGCUCCCUCCAAGAACUUAAACCAAUCUUUGUCAGUUACAAAGCCCCACUUGCGGUUUGCCAAUAUAUUUCCUUUUUCCAAAAGGGAGGUGUAAAAGCCAAAAAUAGAAACUUACAUCUGCGUUUGUAGGUUCCUGUGAGACUACAGUGGAAAACCUUGUUAGUGUUUUCCUUUCUUUUUUGAAAAAAAAAAUGUAGGGCAUUUUUUUUAUUUGAUAUGGUUGGUGUGAUUUUAAUACAGGGUGAGGACCUGGCCAAAGGUGUUAACACAUAUUCUUCUGUGGACACUAUUACAGGUUGGUCAAUGUUCCACCAAAAUUAUUUUGCACAGUGAUGAUUUAAGAUUGUUUUUAAGCACUAAGACAGAAUCCAUCAGGAAAUUGAGUAAUUUUAAUUUUCAGUGGACAAAAACCUUGUUCCAGAAUAUUUUAAACAAUAUUACAUUCUUUUAGCUCAAUUGGGAGAAGGCUGAUCUGCUGAGCGGAAGAUUGCGGGUUCAAACCCCGCAUGGACCGACACUCAGGGUCUUUAAAGAAAAGGGCUGCCUUUGUUAUGACAUCUGCAAAUGGUUAGACUUUCUAGUCUUCUUGGAUAAGGACGAAAAACCGUAGGUCCCGUCUCACAGCACUUUCACUGAUUUGUUCUUGUGGGACAUAAAAGAACCCACAUCACUACUCGAAAAGAGUAGAGUUGUAGACCCCAGUGGUGUGGCCAACCUUUACAGGUUGUGGGAUUGGGUAGGGAUGGCAUGCAUGGGACCUGAGUCCCAUUUGUGCACAUUCCCUCUGGGCAGGCCUGUGUCCAGAAAAGCUGGUAAAUGUCCUAAAUAAAUAAAUAAAUAUCCUUUUUUACAGUUUUCAAGCCGGGGCAGUAGAUGUAAUUAGUUAUCUGUAAUAACACCAAAAAAAAAAAUAAGAAAACAAAUGUCAAAUUUCACAAAAUAACAUCUUACACGUGAAAUUUUCAGAAUUUUACUUGUGUUUUCACAAUUCUUGCAUGAUUUUGUUGUGCUUUAAAAUAGACAGACUAUAUUUUAAUAUUUCAGUAUGCUGUAAUACAGAGUUUUGGAGUCUGUCUUUAAAUUAACUGUCUGGUUACAUACAUGUUAAGGUCCAUGCAAGCACUUUCAGUUUCUGACUCGUUUUUUUUUUAACUGGGACUCACUGGUUCUGGACCGGGACUCAUGAUUUUUCACAAGAUGAGUCCCAGAACUCACCAUAACUAUUUGUAACAAAAUCACUGAAGUCUGUGUUGUCCUUGGAAGUUCUUCAUAAUACUACGAGUGUCUUGGUAUAUAAUAUAGCAAACAAAGAAAGCACACCAUGCGUAUAGUGGUCAUUUACAAAAGGUUAAAAACAAUAGGUAACUUUGAAACCAUCAGGCCAAAAGAUGGCUUCAGUCACUUAUGAGCAGUAGUCAUUUACAAGAGGUUCAAAUAAUAUUAAAGGGCUUUGACUUGAAAAAGUUUGGUGUUUUGGAAAAAUGGUUGCUUAUGGGAGGCAGUCACACAUGGAGGUUCAACUGUAUUUUAAUGCACCUAGAUUAAAUCAGAUGCUCAUAUGAACUUACCCAAAAGCCAUAUGACUGUACUAUCAAAUACUUUGACAAGUACUGAAAUUAAUAUGACCAAUUUUAUUUAUCUUGUAGAUUACAACCCACCUUCUCCCCCUAAACCCAAGCCAGGAAAGACCAACGUUCACAGAUACUUCGUAUAUGUAUUUGAACAAGAAUCUGAGCUUCAACCAAAUGAGCUAGAGGAAUUAAAGGAAGAUUUUCAAGAGCGCUGUCGUUUUGACAUUGAUGACUUCAGGGAAAAAUUAAACUUAAAAACCAUGGCUAUGAACAUGCUCAAAACUCACAGUUGAGUACCGAAACCACAAAAUACCAAUAACAACAAAUUAGUGAGCCAAAUGAGUGUUAUGAGAAAAAAAGUUGAACACAAUGCAGUCACACCCAGUAGCAUGGACACUAAUAGGAAAGGCCCCAUUGUCUCUUAGGCUCUAUGAUAAGACUAGCUGCUACAAUUUUUGGGAAACGAGCUGAUUCUCAUCCCUUCUUUAAGAGGAAAAUUGGACCUAUGAGCAGCUGGUAAUUAAGCCUAAGAGUUUACCUUACGGAGCUGUCCCUGUAGGCACAUUCUCUAACGAGGGGUAGCAGGGAUAUCACUAAGAGCCAACUAGCUGCCAGCUAAUUUUACCAGCUGUAAAAGACCUUACCACUGGCUCAAAUUGCUCUGGAAAACAGGUAAAUGGGAUAUAAAUUAUUUGAAGGUGUAGUUGAGUCAAAAAGCCAGGUUGACUAAUAAAAAGUCUGCUUAGCUUUUCCUUAGCUACAUCCCUGGGGUAGAGCACACAGGUACAUGUAAGGAAAGAUGGGAAGAAAAAACUUUCCCUCACGCCUUUGCCUGAUCCCAACCACAAGGCCUGUUCACAGCCUGUAAAAUUAUGGACUGAGGUAAAGACAACAAGAAACUUUAGAGCCAGCUGAAUUUUCCAUUAUAGUCAGGUGUCCAUCGUGUGGAGGUGUCUUUACGAAAACAUUAAUAUUAACUAUAACAAGGAAAUGGAAAAAAGACCAAAACAGGCAAAAUUAUGACAAAAAAAACUUAAAAACUUGUGGGCCAGUUAAAGAAACAAAUAGGGUAUUUGUUUAAGUCACAGGUUAAAAGAAGUAGUACAUAUUCUAUCAUUAUUUAUAUUUGAAUGUCAGUUAUCAUACAGGUACACAUUAUCGUUAUCACAUAAGGUCAAGUGUACACUACUACAAGUUGAACUAUCUUUAUAAAAUAAAAUAAUAAUAUUGUUAAUCAAUAAAGUUGAAUAAAUUAUUGUAUUGUAUGUAACUACCAGAGUAAUAAUUGAGCCAUUACAGAUAAAAUUCUAUUCUAAUACUUUAUAUGUGGAAGAUAAAAAAAGUUACCUUUUGUCAGCAGAAUCUAAUCACAAGUCUCCAUUUACAAUACACAGUUGUUGACUUGUUUAUACCUUCUGGAUAUUCUAGAUCUAUUUUGGAAUGGAGUACAAAAGUGCCUCAGCACUGAAAAUUGUACACAUCUAAAAAGUGCCAUUAUACGUAGAAGUAGAUGACUAGUCCCCCUGUUUUUUAAUCAUUAUUAAAUGCAUUUAAGUUUUAAAAUUUAUUUAAAUGUUUCCUAAUGUUGUCAUAGCCUAAAACAUGUUUUGAGGCAAAUCAAGAGGAAAGCUGUUAGGCACUUUAGAGAAAAAGGAAGAGGAUUUCCCUCCAUCCCUGUCAAGUAGUGACAAAGCUGGCCUAAACGUGCAUUGUUUAUAUUCAACAUCAUUAAUAUUUUUAAAUUACCCUAAGUGUUGAGCAGGUGGAAAUAUAUUCCACAGGAAGUGGUAAAAUUGCCAGCUACCAACUAAUUUUAACUGGGCCGUUUACGUAAUGAAAAUUCCAAAAUUUUCUUGGGUGGAAUUUACCAAGUAGAAAUUCCCUCUGACAAAAUUAAUUACUAUUUGAACUCCUAAUUUGUUGGCCAUGAAUACAUAAUUAAGAUCAUGUGCAUACCGUGGUAAUCUUUAUUUUCCUUACAAUAGGACCAUAAACUCCUGAC